CAUGUCUAAACAUGAAACAUUUUAUUCACAGCACACCUCACCCUACCGUUGUAUUAAUCUCACUAGGACCUUGUGGCAGCCAAGGAACUCAAAAACAAGCUAGGGAGGGAGUUCACUGUUCAGCUGAGGAAUUGGACGUGAAACUCACAUGUAACUGUCCAUGCAAAAAUACCCUUGCACUGGAUGGCUGGUAGCUGUAUAGUUUUAAAUUCUUUGUGCCGAGAUUUUCCUCUGUCCAUAGCAGUAAACGUCGAUUUAUGUGUUUUAUCACCAGUGUGCAGAGAUGGACUUGGACCGUCAAAAGCGCCAGGAGGGCAUACAGAACGCCCUGGGAUUCAUACAGUCUUCUUUGCCUUAUCCAAAGCCUGAAGGCUAUAAGGCGUUUCUGACCCAGUUGGUGUGUAACCUGCUGGAUGAGGGGAAUGCAAUGUUCAGGGAGGGUGAGUGGCAGCAGGCCAUAAAGGACUUCAGUGAGGGUGUUAACGUGGCCCACUAUGCCCAGGCUGAGUCUCUAGAAAUCCCCUCAGCCCUGCUGGAGAGUCUGUAUUUCAACAGGGCAGCAGCCUACCACAGCAUGGGGGAGUAUGAGCAGGGUGUGCAGGACUGUGACAGUGCGCUGGCGCUGUGCAAAGACAGUUGCACGGCACUCUACAGGAAGGCUCUAUGCCUGCGGGAGCUGGGCCGUUUCAGAGAGGCCUACAACUGCAGCACGGGCUGCCUGCUCACUAUGCCUAACGACAAACAUGUGUAUGAGUUGGCACAGGAGCUAGCUAACAAACUGGGCCUGAAGAUACGCAAAGCCUACGUUAGCACACAGGAGUUGGCCACAUCUGAGCAAAGUAAUGGGAACACAGUUCCUUUUGCAGGAGAGAUGUAUGGCAAUGGUCUGGAUUCCUUAAGUGACAUCUCAUCAGUUGGUUUCUCCUGCAAGCCCCUAUCUGCCGCUAUGCCAGUUAGUGAUGAAUCCUCUCCCUCUGGUCCUCUGGUCUGCUCCAAACUUCUGGGUAGCCCUGUCCAAGGCCCUCGGGGGUUGCCCUUCUCUGUGCCUGAGUCAGAACACCUGGGUGACAGUGAGCUGAUGGGAGAUGAUCUAGACAGCCUGCUGGACUGUAUUCCCCCUCAACGUGCCUUUCCCAUCAUCCUCCCCAGCUCAGCUUAUGUCCCCAUCCAGCUCUCGUUUCCCUCAGGCCUGCCCGCCCCCUCGCCCCAGCUCCCCCCAGCCUUCUUCAACUCAGCCAUCAGCCAGCUCAACUCUCUGGACACCUUCCCAGGCAUGGGUGGGGGGGAUGCUCUGGGUGCGCUGAACUCUUUAGAUGGCCUUGAUGCACUAGACUCUCUAGAUACUUUAAACAACCUGGACACCCUUUCAGGCCUUGGUGGUGGGGAUGCCCCGGCUCCCACAACAGCACUCUAUUCACUUGAUGCCCUGGACAGUUUCUACCCACUUGGGGGUGCAAUAGCAGCCAAACCAGUGGUGGUGGGGGGAGGGGGGCUGGACUCCCUUUCUGAGUUCAACCUGCCUGGUGCAAGAAUCUCCCACAAUGUUCUCUCUGCGACACGUUCGCCCAAGAAGUCCAACCACACAGUGGUAAAGAAUGGCCAAGUCUCCUCCAAGCUCUCUCAGCUGAUCAAGAACCCCCUAGCAGCCACCCAUGACUUCAUGCAGGCCUGUGCCACGUGCUACAGGUGGAUAGGUCCAGGGGUCCUGGACUACCAGCACCAGGCAGAAUUGGCCCACCGUUGUAAGCGGGACAUUCUUCUGUGCAGGAUCAGGGCUUCAGAGCACCCUGUCUGGAACAGGGUGCGACCCCGCCCCACGCACAAUUUUACUGGGGCAUUUAUGCUCUGCAAGGAGGUGCUGGAGACUCAGAAGUGUAAGUACAGGGAGGGCUGUACGUUUGCCUACUGCCAGGAGGAGGUAGAUGUGUGGACCCUGGAGAGGAAGGGAGCCUUGAACAGAGAGCUGCUGUUUGACUCGCAGAGCCCCAACAAUGACAGGCCCACACUCAGCAUCAAAUGCCUGCUGCAGCUCCACAACGGCAUGUUCAUGUACCUCUGUGAGGAGUGCUAUGACAGUAAGCCCAGAAUCAUCAGUAAGGAGGUGCCGUCCACCUGCUCCAACCCCUGCGCCCGUCACCCAUUCGACAAAAACAAGUGCCUGGUGCAUGCGGUGAGGUCCAGCAGCGUGCACUACACUAAGAUCCGCCCGCUGUACACCCAGUGCCAGUUGGACUUGUGCCGCCAUGCCCAGCGCUACGGCUGCCAGCGAGAGGACAGCUGCUCCUUUGCCCACUCCGUCAUCGAGCUCAAGUGCUGGAGGCUGCAGCAAGACUCUGGCAUCACUCAUGAAGAAAUUGUUCAGGAAUCCAAGCGACACUGGCAUAAACAGGAGCAGAACACACACAAACCCAAGCCGGUGUUCAUGCCACCACCAUCUUCAUCCUCAAGUGGUGGAGGUGGGGGAGGAGGCUAUAGCUUGAACCUGAAGAGGAAGUUUGUUUGUGGUCAGUGCUGGAGGGACGGGCUGGUCAGCGAGCCGGACAAAGCGCUUAAGUACUGUACAGCCAAGGCCAGGCACAGUUGGACGAAGGAGCGUCGGGUGCUGCUGGUGAAGUUCUUUGAGGGAAAGAAGUGGGUGAUGGUGCGGACGUUGCCUUUUGCCAAGACCUAUCCCCAGCAGUAUGACAUAUGUGCCCAUGUGGUGAAGCAGAAGAAGUGCCACUACAUUGGGAACUGUGACUUUGCCCACAGUGAAGAGGAGAAGCAAGUAUGGACUUAUAUGAAGAACAAUGGCUUGAAGGAUAUGCAGCAGAUGUACGACAUGUGGCUUACAAUGACGAAUCAAAACCGUCCGCCGGAUGACACCCUGAUCACCCAACACAUAGAGGAGAAGCAAAUUGUCAUGCCAACCGACUAUGCCGAGCCAAUGAGCGGCGUCCACUGUCCUCUAUGUGGGAAGCAUAGUAACAGUGAGCGCCAGCGGCAGCAGCACAUCUCCUCAGAGAAACACAAGGACCGUGUAUUCAGCUGCGAGGGAGAGGACGAGAGCCUCACCUGGACAUACCGCUUCCCCGGACUCCGCCUCGCCCUUUGUUCCAGGCUGGAGAGUGGCUGUCUCGAGGGGGUGAGCUGUGACUACGCCCACAGUGCUGAGGAGCUGGUGGAAUGGCAGGAGAGGCGGGAAUUCCUCCGGCGGAAGCUGGCCAAGGCCCGUGAAGACAAGCUCAUCAUGCCAGACGAGUUUGACUUUGGGAAGUACAACUUUCUCCUGCAGGACUGAAGCCCCUGUCCCCUAUGUGAGACACUUGUACCUGUAAACAGACAGCAGUCGUCUGUUUUGUUGAACACCCUGGGGGGUAUUUUCUUCAUUAGUUCGAUAUUAGUUAAUACAGUUUAUACCUGUUUGAGCUGGUUAGGACUGCAAGUGCCUUAUUUGUCCAAUAUUUUCAAAAGGGCUUAACAAAUGAGAUCUUGGUGCCGAAUUUGAGUGGGGGAAAAAGUAAUUUAGUACUGCCAUUUAACAAAACCGUACCGAUCAAAUAUCUCCAUUAAUAGUCUGUUUACUCUAUGUAUGUCUUAUUGAGGGAUAUUAAGAAUUCACUUAUGCUUGCGUUCUGAUGGGACUCUUUAUACAACCCUCAAACUUUCACAAAUGUUCUUCCAUCAAAUGAAAACCGAUUUGCUGGAAGGCCAAAUGUUUUUCUCUUUCACUUUGUUAAUGUGUCUUAUGCCAAUUAAAGCUGCAAUGUGUAACUUUUUCCGUGACCUGAGCAAAUUCACAUAGAAAUGUUAGUUAUAGAGCUGUCAUUCUCAUAGAACAGAUCAUUCAAUGUGCCCUAUUUCUAUGCCUAAUGUUCUUAAGUGUUGUACACCAGCUUCAAACACUAUAUUUUUGGUUAUUGGAAAGAAAUGUCACAAUUUAGAUGGUACAAUGAUUCUCUACAUUGCUUGUUUUGUCACAAGUAUUUUAAUUUUAGCAACCAGGAAAUUGUAAAUGAUUUCUGUAUAUUGCAUCUUUAAAGAAUUUGCUGCUGCCAUUGUAGACAGACAAGCAUUACAGAAUAUGAUCACAGUAAUACAGGGGUACUGCAGGGUGUUCAUGGAAAUAUAAUUUUUACAUUUAUUUUAUUUCAGUGUUUUUAUCAAUAUUGCUAGCAACAAGAUACAAUUAAUUGUUAAAUUAGACAUACAAUAUAAAAGAGGAUAAUACCUUA